AGAGGUUUAGGGUGAAGGAUGUCAAAAAGGAAGGCAACAGAGAUGGAAGAAGACUCAUGUAAGAUCCCAAAGUCCUCUUGGCAGGGAGGGUUGUUGAGGAGCAUCAAGAAUCCCAAAAUGAAGAUCAAGGAGGAUGACAAAGUAACUGUCAUCAAGGACCUCUAUCCCAAGGCAGUACACCACUACCUGGUGAUUCCCAAGGAGCCAAUUGUAAACCUGUUGAAACUCACAAAGGAUCACCUCCACCUUCUGGAGCAUAUGGAUGCUGUUGGGAUGGAAAUCACCUCACAAUUCCCAAAGGAAGAAUUCAGGUUGGGCUACCAUGCAGUGCCAUCGAUGAGUCAGCUCCAUCUUCAUGUCAUCAGCCAGGACUUCAACUCUCCAUUUCUCAAGACCAAGAAGCACUGGAAUUCUUUCACAUCAAAAUUCUUUCUUGAGAGUCAAGGUAACACCAAGAACCCUUUGCCCUCUGUCUUUUAUGUAAUGCUAUGUCAAACACCAGACCUGAUCUGA